AUGUCUGGCCAGAAGAGGAUGUGGCCGGACUGGCCUGACAGCGCCUGGGAGCCGGUGCCACCGAAAGCUGCCCGGCUCUCCCCAGAGCCAGGGCCCAGCUGGAGGACGGAUCCUUGCGCCAUCCUCACUGACUUGGGAAAGCUCUGUGACCACAGCCCCCAGCAACUCCUACCCUUCCUGCUGGACCACGACUACCAGCUGGAGCAGGUCGUGGAGAGCCCCGCCCUGAGCCCCGCCAGGGUGUAUACGCUGCUGCGGGCCCUGAAGGUGGCGGUGGAGCGUGCUGGUGAGCCGGAGCAGGUCCAGCCGGUCCUGGCCCUGGCGCUGAGACCAGCUUUCGUGCUUAGGAGCCUGCUGGGCUUCAUUGCCGAGCUGGAGAGCUUCCAGCACCAGGAUGGGCAGAUCUCCCAGGAGGUGAUGGAGGACACGGUGGCUGCCCUGCACCAUCUGCUGAUGGCGUCCCCCGAGCAGACAAAGACCCUCCUCUGCUACCCUGUGGACCUUCUCUUCGCCACCGUCCAGAGACUCCAGAGCCGCGGCUUUCAGUUUACAUGGAUCAUCCAGAAACGGCUUCACGACACCAAGAGCCUGGUGGACUCGGCCUUCCCGCGGUGCAGUGCGCCCCUCGCCUCGCCAGCCUGGCGGGAGGAUUUCCACGCCAUCCCCAUCUUCCCAACCCCGGAGGAGAUAUUCGUCGACCCUGGGCAGAAGCUGAAGCGCAACCUCCCCGUUGGGAAGUACACGAGCGACGCGGCCUACCUGGACACGCACUUCCGCCUGCUGCGGGAGGAUUUCGUCCGGCCCCUGAGGGCCGGGAUCUCGGCUCACUUCUCCCUGCAGAACGUGUUCGGGGGCACUGGGAAGCAGAGGGGGGCGCUGCGGCUCUAUAGGAACGUGCAGCUGGUGAAGGUGGGCACCUCCCCAACUGGUGCCAUGUACAUGGCCAGGUUCCAGGCCCCGCAGGGCUCCACCCACGCCUCCUCCAAACGGCUGCUGAGCGGCUCCCUGACCUGCCUCAUCUCCAGUGACUGUGGCCAGGUGUUGUUUGGGACCGUGGUGGGGGGCAACAGGCCUCAGCUCUUGAAGGGGGCCGUGUGGUUGGACAUUAAGGCAAACCACAGCGAUCUCCUGACAAGGCACCUGGGGAAAACCAACUUCAUCAUGGUGGAGUCGCCGGCCUUCUUCGAGUCCUACCGGCACGUGCUGGAGGGGCUGCAGGAGCUGGACCCUGCCCGGGUGCCGUUCCAGAGCUACGUCGUGCAGUGCCGCACCCCCAUCGCCCCACCCGCACACUUCGGAGAGGACGUGACCUUUGACCUCUCUGUUCUGCAUCCCACUGGGCGAGCCGACAAAGAGCCCAUGGGGGACACAUCUGAGGGGCACGUGACCGCAGUGGACCUGACGGCCGUGAGACCCUGCGACUCCUAUAUGUGGUCUCCAGAGACAUUUCCUCACUUAGAUGAGUCUCAGAUCUUGGCCAUUCGAAUGGCCCUGACCAGGGAAUUUGUGCUGAUUCAGGGCCCACCUGGGACAGGCAAAACCUUCAUUGGGCUGCAGAUCGUGGAGAUCCUGUUGAGGAAUCAGUCUCAGUGGUGGAAGGACCAGAGACCCUUCCUGGUCGUCUGCUACACAAACCAUGCUCUGGACCAAUUUAUGGAAGGGAUCCUGCAGUUCCAGCCCUCCGGUGUGGUGCGCAUUGGGGGAAGGAGCAGAAGUGACAAGGUGGCAGCGUGCUCCUUGAGGAACCUUCGCCAAAAGCAGCUGCCAGCGCUCCUGGGGGCCGCGGAGAAGCACCAGUAUGGCUGGAUGCGGAAGGCCUUGCAGAAGCAGAAGGAGAGCAUCGCCUACCGCACCGCGGUGCUGGAGCUCCUCCGCCGAGGGAUCCUCACGGACACAGAGCUGGCAGCGGAGAUCCGCGAUGACAACCUGGAGUGCUCCUGGAGAGCGGGGCGCUUCGACAUGUGCGACUGGCUGAAGAUCUACCCCGUGGCGCAGGAGGAGAAGCCGUCCCAGGCUCAGGGCAGGGGCAGGAAGGCAGGCGCGGAGGAAGAGCUCUGGCCGUGCCACAGGGAUGAGCGGGCCCUGGAUGACGAGGACGAUUUGGACCCUUCCGAGUGGCGGCGGAGCACAGUGGAGGAGAAGUUUGCUUACAUCCUCCCCGCCGAGGGCAGCUCCUCACACCAAGGGAUGCGCAAAUGCUUGGAGGAGGGUGACAUCAUGACCAACGAGGACGUCGCGAACGUGAGAGACGUCUGGGAGCUGCGGCUGAGGGAUCGCUGGUGUCUCUACAGGAGGUGGAUGCUGGCCUACGAGCGUGAGCUGAAGGAGACGCUGGUGGAGAAGCUGAAGGAGUACGAGAAGAAAGCAGCCCAGCUAGCGGAGCUGACCUUCCAGGAGGACCUGUGGGUGCUGAAAGAAAGCCGGGUCAUUGGCAUGACGACAACAGGGGCUGCCAAGUACCGAAAGCUCUUGCAGAAAAUCCAGCCCCACACUGUGAUUGUGGAAGAGGCAGCAGAGAUCCUGGAAGCUCACGUUCUAACCUGCCUCACGCCGGCCUGCAAGCACCUCAUCCUGAUUGGAGAUCACCAGCAGCUGCGGCCCAAACCCGCCGAUUACACCUUGGAGAAGAAGUAUUUCCUCGGCCUCUCCCUGUUCGAGCGCAUGAUAAAUAAUCAGAUCCCCUAUGUGCAGCUGCUCUAUCAGCACCGCAUGCGCCCAGAGAUUUCCCAGCUGCUGGUGCCGCUCUUUUACAAACAGCUCAAAGACCACGAUGCCGUUGCUGAAUAUGAACAGAUCAAGGGCGUGGAGAGCAGUGUCUUCUUCAUCCAGCACACAGCGGCCGAGAGCCACAGCGCUGACUCCGAGAGCUACAGCAACAGGUUUGAGGCUGCCUUCCUGGUCUCGCUGAGCAGAUACCUCCUGGAGCAGGGAUACCACGAGAGCCAAGUCACCAUUCUGACCCCCUACCACGGCCAGGUGCUGAAGAUCCGCACGCUGAUGAGGAGCAGGGACAUGGGAGACGUGGCUGUCCAUGCCGUGGAUGACUUUCAAGGGGAGGAGAAUGACAUUGUUCUUCUCUCGCUGGUACGAAGCAACAGAGAAGGGAGGAUUGGUUUCCUCCAGGAUAAAAAUCGGCUCUGUGUGGCUCUCUCACGAGCCAGGAAGGGCUUCUAUUGUAUUGGAAACCUAGCUGGCAUUGCAGCUGGCUCCAACAGCAAACUGUGGAAAGAUAUUCUAUGUCUCCUAAAGAGAAAGAAACUUACGGGGGAAGGGCUGACGCUGGUGUGUCAAAAUCACCCCGAUACCAAGACAGUGGUGAAGGAGAGUUCGGACUUCAGUAAAAUCCCUGACGGAGGCUGCACGCUCCAGUGCCAAAUCCGGCUGGAAUGCGGCCACCCCUGCACGCGCCGCUGCCACCCGUACGACAGGGAUCACAGCCUGUACGUUUGCCAGUUCCAGUGCUCCAAGCUGUGUGAGCUCAACCACAGGUGUCCGAGAAAGUGCAAGGAACCUUGCGAACCUUGUUCCGUGGAAGUGGAAAAAGUCAUUCCAAAGUGUGGCCACCUCCAGACCGUCCCCUGUCACAUGCCAGCUGAUCACUGGCUCUGCCAGGAGCCGUGCAAGCAGCUUCUGGAAUGCAAACACCCAUGCACGCGCCGCUGUGGGGAAGCCUGCAGCACCUGCAGGUGCAAGGAAAUGAUUGACAUCACUCUGCCCUGUUCUCACGUAAUGAGAACUGAAUGCUACAAGCAGAAAAUGCCUCUGAUCUGCCUUGAGACAUGCAACCAGAAACUGGAGUGUGGACACCACUGCAAAGGAAACUGCUAUGAAUGUGUGCAGGGCAGGCUGCAUGUCCACUGCCGUAACAAGUGCACGAGGGUCCUUCUGUGUUCCCACCAGUGCCAGGAAUCGUGUUUUGAGAACUGUCCUCCGUGCAAGAGGAAGUGCCCCAACCAGUGCAGACACAGCCGCUGUGAUAAGCCAUGCGGGGAGAUCUGUUUUCCCUGCAUACAGCCCUGUUCCUGGAAAUGCAGGCACUACCGGUGCACACAGCUGUGCUCCGAGACGUGCAAUCGCCCCCGCUGCAGUGAGCCCUGCCAAAAAUCACUCAAAUGCAGCCACCCCUGCGCAGGCCUCUGUGGAGAGCCGUGUCCGCCCAAGUGUCUCAUGUGCCACAGAGACGAGCUGGCCGAGAUUUUCUUUGGGGCCGAAGACGAGCCGGAUGCCCGUUUCGUUGUCUUAGAAGACUGCAGACACAUUUUGGAGGUGCGGGGCCUGGAUCGCUGGAUGGACGGCGAGCCAGACAAUGCUCAGGCCCAACACGUCCAGCUGAAGGUGUGCCCCAAAUGCGCGACACCCAUCCAGCAUAACACACGUUACAACAACGUGAUCAAGGCCAUCCAGCAAAAAAUCAAGGAGAUCAAAUUGAAGAUUCAGGGAAACAGGGAAGAACUUGAAGCUGGAAAGCAGCAACUGCUCCUUCGGCUGAACAGCGACAGAGACCUCGUGGCCUGGGCGGGUAUGGAAAGAAGCAUUCUGAACACUGUCUCCCGUCAGAGCCUUCUGGACUUGGAGAACACCCUUAAUUUCUUUGCAAGUCUCUCCAGACUGAAGCAACAAGCGAAGAAGUGCACAGCGGCGAGAGAACGCAAUCUGAAACGGAAGAUUGAGGCUGUGGAGCACUGGCUCGGCAGAAACAGACACGCCUUCACAGCUCAGCAGCUCAGGGAAUGCAGGGAUGAGAUCAAGAGGAUAUCGUACCUGGGAAACAUCUUUGAGCGGCUGAGUGGCUACGAAAACAAACAAGUAUCGUUAUCCACCGAGGCCGUGGCCCUUGCUAAUGAAGCCAUAGGCGUCCUCCAGCGGCAGGACCCUUUCACCCAGAGUCGGGAGGAAUCUCUCCAGAGGGUGCUGGAGAAGAUUGAUGAGUGGCUUCCUGCUGCAGGACUGCAGCUCUCCGAGGCAGAGAGGGUCAUGGUAACAGAGGCCAUGCAAUUCGGCAGGGGCCACUGGUACAGAUGCCCUCAGGGCCAUUUGUACACGAUUGGGGAAUGCGGCCGUCCAAUGCAGCAGAGCAGCUGCCCCGAGUGUGGCGCUACCAUUGGGGGGCAAAACCACGCUCUCACUCGGGAUAACGUCGCCGACGAUCAAAUACUGGAACCCGCUAGCGCACAGGAGCGAGAACCACGUCUACAGGAUAGUAUCUUAGCUCUGCCCAGCUCCAGCGAUCAGCCAUGGUCCCCCACCUGCUGCCCACCCAGCCCCCACCCUCAGCUGGACUCACCGCCCCCUCGCCCGCCCAGCCCCCACCCUCAGCCGGACUCACCACCCCCUCGCCCGCCCAGCCCCCACCCUCAGCCAGACUCACCGCCCCCUCGCCCCCCCCACCCUCAGCCGGACUCACCAAUGCCUGCCAGCCUUGCUAACCCCACACCCACCCAGCGCCCCCCGCCAGCUGGCCUUGCCAACCCCCUGCCUGCUGUCAGGCACCGCAGGCCUCGAACCCAGGCCCGUGGGCGUGCCAAGCAGGAGCCUUACUCUUUGCGCCACCGCAGGGAAACCGCUGCUAAUGCUCCACCUGCUGAGUCAGCGGGGUCAGGUGACUAG